AUGCUCGGCCAACCGGUGUCGCCGGGCUCCCGAGGCGCCGGAAGCAGCGGGAGCCGCCUUAUGGCGCAGGCGGGAAACAUCGGCCCGGGGGCCGAGGGGCGGCGGGGCGCGGGCGCGGCCCCGGGACGCGCAUCCUGGCGCUGGGCCCUGGCGCUGCUCUGGCUGGCGGCGACGUGGUGCUGGCCCCGGGCCUCGGGCAGCGCCCCCAGCCGCCGCUGGCCGGUGCCCUACAAACGCUUUUCCUUCCGUCCAGAACCAGAUCCUUACUGUCAGGCCAAGUACACUUUCUGUCCAACUGGCUCACCUGUCCCAGUUAUGAAGGGUGAUGAUGUCAUCGACGUCUUCCGAUUACAAGCCCCGGUAUGGGAAUUUAAAUAUGGAGAUCUCCUGGGACACUUGAAAAUUAUGCACGAUGCCAUUGGUUUCAGGAGUAAAUUAACUGGCAAGAACUACACAAUGGAAUGGUAUGAACUUUUCCAACUUGGCAACUGCACAUUUCCCCAUAUGCGACCUGAAAUGAAUGCCCCUUUCUGGUGUAAUCAAGGGGCUGCCUGCUUUUUUGAAGGAAUUGAUGAUACUCACUGGAAGGAAAAUGGAACAUUAGUUCUAGUAGCGACCAUAUCAGGAAACAUGUUCAACAAAAUGGCAAAGUGGGUAAAACAGGACAAUGAAACAGGGAUUUAUUAUGAGACCUGGACUGUCCAAGCCAGCCCAGCAAAAGGCGCAGAGACGUGGUUUGAAUCCUACGACUGUUCCAAAUUUGUGUUACGGACAUACAAGAAGUUGGCUGAACUUGGAGCAGAGUUCAAGAAGAUAGAAACCAACUAUACAAGAAUAUUUCUGUACAGUGGAGAACCUACUUACCUUGGAAAUGAAACAUCUGUUUUUGGGCCAUCAGGAAACAAGAGUCUUGCUUUAGCCAUAAAAAGAUUUUAUUAUCCCUUCAAACCACACUUGUCAACUAAAGAAUUUCUGUUGAGUCUUUUGCAAAUUUUUGAUGCAGUGAUUAUACACAGACAAUUCUAUUUGUUUUAUAAUUUUGAAUAUUGGUUUUUACCUAUGAAAUACCCUUUCAUUAAAAUAACCUAUGAAGAAAUCCCUUUACCUAACAGAAACAAAACAUUCCCUGGCUUGUAAAACCUUAAUUCUACUGCUCUUCUUUUCUCCAACCGCCAGCAUCCCAGUUUUUCAGGGGGUGAUUUUACAUUUGUGGAUUUCUUAGUCUUUCUUCCUUGGGGCAGAAAGAUAAAAUGCGUGUCAGCAGAUUUGUUGCAUAUUAACAUGUCAGGACUUUUCUCUUGGAAAGAAGCUGAAACUCUUAUUAUAUUGGCCAAAGUGAGCAUGUUAGGUGAUCUUAAUUUCAAUUUCCAAGUCUUUGUUAAUGUGGAGAAUCAUGGUUCAUAUCAGGUAUGUAGGACUCAAUAUUUUAAAGUUGUGCAUAUGGUGUGCCCAAGAUUUUAAAAAUACCCUGAGAGAUAUUUUCAUGGUGGGAGCUACUUUUUCUGGUCAUUUAAGUUUUUUCUAGGAGUUUAGACUGACUUUACUGCUUUUCUAACCUUUGGAUCCCAGUCUAGUUGCAUUCCAUUCACCUAACUUUAAAGAUUUGUUUGAACACCAUACCUGGAGUGGUUGUGCUUCUUUCAGAUGUGAUAAACAACAGUGUUAAAGAGCACAAAUUUCUGGCUACCAUUUUGGAUCUAGCUAGUAACUGGCUUUUGUUUUUUAAGCAACUUAACAUCUCUAAACCUUAGUUUCCUUAUCUGUAAAAUGAUUCGUCUAUUAGCAUUGUAAAGAUUGAAGUCGUAUGUGUUUGGCAUAGUAAGGUCAUAAUGAAUGGUAGCUAUAAUGAUUAAUCAAAGAACAAAUUGUCAUCCUUGAUCUUGCCUAAUGUAGUUUGUGGGCCAGCCUUUCCUGGGUUUGUAAUCACCUGGACCGAGCUGGUAGUGUAGCGCUUCAGCGAUUCUUCAAACAUUUGGAGCAUCGAAGUAGCUGGCUGCAGACAUGUUUGGGUGAACAGGUACCUUCUGACUCCACUGCUUCCUGUAGUUCUUCCUCCCACUAAAGCUGCCAGUGCUGUGGAAGAGGGUGCACUUCCCAGAGAUAGGACAGAUUUUUGCUAAGGAUCUCCAAGUAGCUGUGUUUUCGUUAGGGCCAUCAAACAAGUUUUCAGGGUCCUUUAAGCAUUCGAUAAUCAAUUGAGUAUCUUUCUAUUCACGGAAAAAAACACCAAUCAGUAAGAUGAUGGAGCAGAGAUCAGCAAAAAUAAUCCAUGUGUUAUCUUUGGACCAGUAUCUGUCAACCAAAUGUUACUCAUCUAUGAAGAGAUAAGUACAGGAAGCAGUUAGAAACUUUUAAAGAAAUCUGUUGGGGUAUUUUUGUUUCUGUUGGC